CCAGUUCCUUAACUCUGAGGAGCAAAACCCUUUCGAACGACUCCUGCAAAAUGGCUCCGAUAGUCGCAGAAGCGGGCGAAGGCAUCAUCGAGCGUAUAGUCGCAGAGGACAAGGUGCGAUGGUGGAACAAACCGAAUCUUCGAAGCCUGUAUUUGCUUCUUGUCCCGUUUUGUCUCUUCAUUGAGUCAACGUCAGGAUUUGAUAGCUCCAUGAUGAACGGUAUGCAAGCACUGAGUUACUGGAAGGACUACUUCAAUCAUCCCAAGGGAGGCCAAUUGGGAUUGCUGGUCGCAUGCUACAACAUCGGCGCUAUAUCGAGUAUCCCUCUUGUUUCUCUUGUAUCCGACCAUCUGGGCAGAAGAAAGAGUAUUGUGGUGGGAUCAACGAUUAUGAUCAUCGGAGCAAUCAUGCAGGGAUUGUCAAGAAAUCUGGCCAUGUUCGUUUUCAGCCGUAUUUUCCUCGGUCAUGGUAUCGUUUACGCUAUCAUCUCAGGUGCUGCACUUCUAGGUGAACUUGGUCACCCGAAAGAACGACACUUCCUUGGUAGUAUGUUCAAUGCCUUUUUUGGGGUUGGAUCAGUCCUCGGUGCAGGUAUUGUUUUGCGUACAAGGCUUAUCCCAAAUGACUGGUCCUGGCGUCUUCCGUCUAUUCUCCAGGCCGCGCCAUCCGUUAUCCAGCUCAUAUUCGCAUUUACGGUACCAGAGAGUCCCAGAUGGCUGGUAUCAAAAGACCGAAGCGAGGAAGCACUCGAGAUUUUGAUCAAGUACCAUGCCGAAGGUGAUGCUUCCAAUGAACUCCCGCACGUCGAGCUUGCCGAGAUUCGCAAAGCACUCGAGAUCGAAAACGAUUCACGUCAACGCGGAUGGGCAGAACUUUUCCAAACAAAAGGCAUGCGGCACCGUGCUCUUGUUGCUGCUGGCCUUGGUAUCUUCGUCCAGUACAGCGGAAACAACCUCAUCAGCCAGUACCUGGUACCCAUCAUGGAGAAAAUUGGCAUCGAAGACAGUCACACUCAACUACGCUUUAAUCUCGGAUCAGAAGCUUGGGGUUUUCUCAUGGCCCUUGUUAUGGCGUCUAUCACACCCCGAUUCCCCCGACGAAGAAUGUACCUACUAUGUGCGAGCUGUCUCUUGUGCGUCUACACUGCAUGGACCAUUGCACAAGCUCGCAACCGCAUCACGGGCUCAAAAGAAUCAGGCAUUGCAGUCCUCGCCAUGAUUUUCCUAUACAAACCCUCUUACAACAUUGCCUACAACGCGCUUACGUACGUCUACAUGGUCGAAAUCUUCCCCUACUACGUCCGCACAAAGGGUCUCUCUUGGUUCCAGCUAUUCAACAGAUGUGCAGUCAUGUUAGGCUCGUUCACAAAUCCCAUUGGACUCGAAGAUCUCGACUGGAAGUUUUUGUUCGUUUACAUUGGGCUACUGAGUUGCGAGAUUGUCUUCAUCUACUUUUUGUUCCCAGAAACAUAUGGUAAGACGUUGGAGGAACUUACUUUCUUGUUUGAGAGUGAGAAGCAAGAUCGUGAGAAGCUGGCUGCGACGACGGCAAAGAUUCUUGGGCAGGGCGAUGGUGUCACUGAGCUUCAUGAGAUACCGGAGAAGAAGGCGUAG